UUUACUCCCAGAUUUUAAUUCUCUCUCGUCUGAAAGAAUAGAAGAUCUAUAGAUUAGAUUUGAUUUGAUUAUCCACACCUGCAGCUUCGCGAUGGAGGCUUCGGAUCGAAGGACAGUCCAGCUUUUCGUGAGACUCCUCAAUAGUACGGUCCGUACCGUCCAGUUCCCGUCUCCAAGUGUUUACGGGGACGGCUUGAAACAGCGGAUCUUCGAGAUCACCAGAAUUCCCGUUCACGCUCAGCGCCUCGUCUAUGGAAAUCACCAAGUCGAUGAUACCACUGUUAUUUCGCAGUCCGACGGCACGGUCCAUCUUCUGCUGCGUCUGCUGGGAGGCAAGGGAGGGUUUGGGUCGCUUUUGAGGGGCGCGGCUACCAAGGCCGGGCAGAAGAAGACGAACAAUUUCGAUGCCUGUAGAGACAUGAGCGGAAGGAGGUUGAGGCACGUGAAUGCAGAGAAGAGGCUCGAGGAGUGGAAGGCUGAGGAGGAGGAGAGGAGGCUGGAGAAGAUGGCGGAGGAAUUUCUCAAGAAGAAGGCCAAGAAAGGGAAAAGGGGGGCUGGAGAUGGGGAGGCUGAGAAGUACGUGGAGAAGUAUAGGGAACAAUCUGCAAAAUGCGUUGCAGUGGUUGAAGAAUCUGUCAGGGAAGCUUUUGGAAAUGGGAAUGGGAAGCGCAAGGGGAAGUUGAUGGCAGGAGGAGCGGAGGCAAAGAAGUUGAAGAUUUGGAUGGGGAAGAGAAAAUUUGCUGAAAGUGACAGUGAUGACAUGGAUAGUAAUGAUGAUGAUGAUAAUGAAAAUGAGAAAUCUGUUGUUUUAAAUAAUGGGAUUCUUACGGAAUCUAGUCGGGAGGCCGAGGGCAGUUCUGAUUCCGUUACUGGUGGGAAACAGGAUGGAGCAAGGUCAGGUGGAGGCUCUUGUGACAGUUCUGAGGAAGAGAACGAGACGGUUGUGCUGCAAAUAUCUGAAUCUGGUGGAUGCUCUGAUAUAAAAGAUGUUACGUAUGAAGAAAAUGGUGUGGUUCUACCAGAUGUCCAUGGAAAGAAGGCAGUAACCUUCCCUUGUUCUGAAGCAGCUGAUGUUUCUGAUGCUGAAUUAGUGCAGACUGGAGGGCCGAAGUCUAGUGCAUGUGAAUCCAAAAAUAUUGAGAAAGCAGAUUGCCAAACACUAAAGGUUUUAAUUUCAGAGAAUGGAGAAGGUCUUCAAAGCAAACCGAUUGAUGCAGAAGUCAAUGGUUUCAAUGAUUCUGAGUCAGUAGUUCCUGAAGAAACAGCUGCUGCACAAUCAGAAGCGCCACUAAAUUUUGACAAGUUCAAUUCAGCGGCAGAAAUGGAGGCCUUGGGCAUGGAAAGGUUGAAGUUGGAACUUCAGGGCCAUGGGCUAAAAUGUGGGGGUACUUUGCAAGAGCGUGCUGCUCGGCUUUUCUUGCUGAAAUCUACUCCAAUUGAGAAGCUUCCAAAGAAGCUACUCGCUAAGAAAUGAGAGUGUAAGUGUACCAGUUUCAUUUGACUUUCUUUUGUUAGAAAGGAAUAUGUUUCAUCAUAAAGGAACGCAGACAAGAGGAAAUUGUAUGCUUUUUAUAAACUGUCUGUAUAUACUGUAGUUUGUGUUUGCCAUGAUAGUAAUGCCAGUAAGUGCUGGGCAUAGACUUAAAUAAUCAAACAUAUAUAUAUAUCAAUAAGCCGCUUGCAAUGUGCAAUAGAUGCUCUUUCUUCUC